UGUGUGUCUGUCUGUUACUCUACAUAUCACCUCUCGAAUGUCUGUUCGUCCCAGAAACGAUACCAUCUACCCAACGGGCGACGAAGCAAAGAUGAUGCUACUGUGGAAGUCUCCAUAGCAAAGCCACUGUCACCUCAACCCAAGGAAGAGUCAAACAGUCCUAUCUCACCUCCGAACCCUACGCAACAUCCACCGGAAAAUCUUGGAUCAGAUAAGCUGCCUGAGGCUACAUUGCUUUCUAAGCCUGUACAAAAAAGGGAACCACUUAAACAAUUACCAAUUAACUUAAAACCACAAAUACAUUCUUCAUCACCUUCUCCUCAAAAGAAACACUCCCCAGUAAAUAAAACACCAGAGUCACAUAAUCUCACUUCAGGUUUACCAUCUCCAGUAACCAAUCCUCAACCAAGACCACUUAGAAAGGCCAAAUGUCCACACUGCAGCAAAGAGUAUGCUUUUAGAAGUGGGUUGACAAAACAUCUGAAGAAAGACCACAGUGACAAAACAUCCAGUACAUCAUCAGGGAAUAUAAAAUGUAAUCAGUGCAAUUCCAGCCACUUAACCAUCAUGCAUCUUGUAAAUCACCUCCAACCCAGUCAUGGUACAGCGAUCAGAAUAGAAACACUCAAUUUCAGAAACUUCGAGGAAUUUUUAGCAUGGAAAGAGGAA